GUGCGUGCAGAGCAGAAGCCCUGAGACUGUCAGAGGGACAGACAAAGUCGCAAGAGAGAGAGAGAGAGAGAGAAGUAGACACUGGGUGACUCAGUCAGUUAGGAAGAGAAAGAAUAAGAAAGAAGGGGGGACAGGAAACAGUCCCCGAGGACAAACUGUGAUGCACUCACAUUGUGACACACAGACGGCUGAGAGCAGGGGAGCUCCACUCAAGCUCCAGUGCUCCUGUGAAUAAGCUUGGCUGUUUGUGGUGAGGACCUUAAAAAGCUAUAAUGACAACUUUGCUGCUUUGGAGCUGAAAAGGACAAAAACACAGGACUGAGUUUUGACAAAGAGGCAGGAUUUUGCCAUGAGGACAUCUCUCUAACGGACCUGGAUGUAGAUAUGUCAUCAUUUCUUUUUGUGGACUCAGCAGCUCGUGGUAACUGAGGACUUCUUGAGUGGAAAGGAGACACGUGUGUGACUGAUUAAUCUGAGUAAGUAAAGCUCAGCCUGCAACUUGUGGGGUGCUGCCUGGUGGAGACAGGGCAGGGGGAGGGGAGGACGCUCCAGCCUGAAUCUCUGUCCUCUGGGAGGGGUCUUUUCAAUAUGAGGUAACCCACAAGAUAACUACAUCAAGACAGGGAAGGAAUCAUGUUAACCAUGUGCAGCAGUCUUCUAUACCAUGGACAGUUGUGUUGGAAAGAAACCUCUGUACCAAUGGCGUGAAUUAUCAGACUACAGAGUGUGUUUCGAUGUAUCCUGGUUUCAGACUGGUCUGUGCUUUACUCUCCAUUCAUGGUGAAUUCAUUGUGUAGGGCAACCCUUUCAUUAUAUAGCUAUUACAUAACAGACACCCCCCAUCCCUCCACUCUUUGUCUCUCAGAAUGUACAACAAUACCCUACCCACUACCCAGCUAUUGGCUGAAAAUAACUCAAUAAACAACUCUACCUGCGACAAGAACGAUGGGUUCAAAUACCCGUUGUACAGUACCGUCUUCAGCAUUGUGUUCGUGGUGGGACUGGUCACCAAUGUUGUGGCCAUUUACAUAUUCACCUGCUCUCUGAAGCUGAGGAACGAGACCACGACCUACAUGAUGAACUUGGUAGUGUCGGACCUGCUGUUUGUCUUCACGCUGCCUCUGAGGGUCUUCUACUUCAUCAACCAGAGCUGGCCUUUUGGACCCGUGCUCUGCAAGGUCUCUGUCUCACUGUUCUACACCAACAUGUAUGGCAGCAUACUCUUUCUCACCUGCAUCAGCGUGGAUCGCUUUCUAGCCAUUGUGCACCCUUUUCGCUCAAGGACGCUUAGGACCAAGCGCAAUGCUAAGAUAGUGUGCAUUGCUGUGUGGGUGUUGGUGCUGUCAGGGAGUCUCCCCACAGGGUUCCUGCUGGAGACCACCUCAACUGACAAGAGCAAGAUCAAUAACACCUUCUGUUUUGAGAACUUCUCCUCCAAGCAAUGGAAAUCUCACCUGUCCAAGGUGGUAAUCUUCAUAGAGACAGUGGGCUUCAUCAUUCCGCUUCUACUCAACGUAUGUUGCUCCAUCAUGGUGCUGCAGACCCUGCGUCGCCCCCAAACUGUCAGUCGUGGAGGGAAGCUGAACAAAACAAAAAUCCUGCGCAUGAUAAUUGUGCAUCUCUUAAUUUUUUGUUUUUGCUUCAUUCCCUACAAUGUAAACUUGGUAUUUUAUGCUCUGGUCCGCACCAAAACUUUGAAGGGAUGCUUUGUGGAGUCUGUGGUCCGAACCAUCUACCCAAUAGCCCUCUGCAUCGCAGUGUCCAACUGCUGUUUUGAUCCCAUUGUUUACUAUUUCACUUCUGAGACUAUCCAAAACUCCAUCAAGAGGAAGUCUCAGGGGAACCGUUCGUUUGGUGACGUCAAGUUCUCAGAGGCCCUGCAGUCAGAAACUCCCAGCUCCAACCUGCAGUGCAGCCUGAGGAAUCUCAAAGCAAAAGUCUUCCACAAUGAGUCUUCAGUGUGAUGGUGGGGUUGCUAUGCUAAAAGUGUUGAAAUCCAUCCGGCCACAGAAAAACACUUGUUGAGACAAUGGGAAUUGAUUUUUUUUGGAGUGCGUUAUGAAGCACCUGCCAGAGAGGUAUUACCUGACUUCAGUCUUAAUCUCAGGUCAAAUGUUUGGACUUGUCGUUGACAGCUCAGCUCUGCAGUAUUACUGCUACAUGACCCUUCGUUCACAUCUGUGGAUUCCUCAUUACUACUUACUAAUUUCCUUUUCCUGUGGAAUAUAUGUAAUUGUGUUAAGCACAGUUACGCUGCAUGUGUUCUAGAGGGCAAUGUGAUCACUGAGCAGCAGGACAGUUAUGAUAUUGAAUGCAACAUGUGCCUGUAUAUUUGUACAUUUCCGUGGUAUAUUGUGGUGCUGACUUUAGAAUAGUAUGUAUUAAGUUAACAUAAAGUUAUAUCAAGCUAUAGAUUGUACAGGGCUUUUUAUAAAUUGUGAAUUACAAAUAGGUCACAUGAGUGCCUUUUUGGUCCUGGCACCAUUUCAUUGUAGCCUUUUUGUCUUUAUUGACCAUUAAAUGCACUGACACAGAAUUCCACUUACUGCACUCAUGCCACAGUAAUGAAUAAAAGUCAUGAACUGUUUAAAACAAAUGACCUGAAAUGUUUUGUCAUUUAAAUGAAGAAAGUGCUAUCUUUAGAGGAAGCAAUAUGAAUGAUUUUAAAUAUUGAACCUGAACAUAACAUAAUGGACCAAAACUCAAAAAUUACAAUAGACUUUCAGUCACAGGAAGAUUGUCAAACUUCACUCUACAGCAAACAG